AUCAACGUGUUCCACCCCAAACACACCUGACACAACUAAUAAAUCCUGAUUACGACAAUUGUGUUUUGCGAAUAACUGCAUUAGGAGUAUUCGAAGAAACCUCGCCCACAAGCCGUGACGAAAUGAAUAUAUUUUGAGGUGACCCAAUAAAUUAACUUCAAUUGGAAGCAGGGUUGCUACAGGACGGUAGAUACCCAGGAAUAGGUUUGCACAGCCCUGGUUUUAAAGACGCAAAAUACCGCAACGGUCUUAACAGCUUACUCUGUAUCUUGUAGAGAGAUAGAGACGUCGGAGUCACUUGCAAACACCACGGCGGCACACUUUGGAAAGAACGAUGGCACAGAAAGACCAGCUGACUGGCGCCAGACUACUUCUUCGUUUGCAAACAUUCUCCCACAUGACUGGCGACUUGGUUCUCACUGAGGAAUACAUCGACAGCUUGGAACACUUUGAGAUCAGAGACAGUGACGUCUUCCUCGUCACUUAUCCAAAAUCUGGUACGGUGUGGACCCAACGCGUUGUUACCUUGUUGUAUGAAGACGAUUUCCCAGACAGUGUGGACAAGAGCUCGCACGAGCGCAUGCCCUGGCUGGAGUACUUGGAGAGAGGCAUGGACUAUACCACGCGCCCAUCACCCAGGCUGUUCUCCUCCCAUCUGCCGGAGCACCUGGUCCCCAGGGGGCUGCGGGAGAAGAAGGCCAAAGCAAGUUGUCAAGCAGGGGUCAUCUAUGUUCUCCGGAACCCCAAAGAUGUCCACGUUUCCAUGUUUCAUUUUAUGAAAUUGCGCUUGGAUAACAAAGUCAAGGAUGAAGCACUGGACAGAUUCCUUUCCGGCCAGGGUCCUUACGGUAGCUGGUUUGACCACGUCAAGGCAUGGUACAACAGCCGAGACAAGUACAACAUUCUCUUUCUACGCUAUGAAGAAAUGAUAAAGGAUCUCCGCUCUGUCGUUGUGAAGAUCAGCGAGUUUGUGGGGAAGAAUUUGUCUUCUGUAGAAAUUGACAGAAUUGUGGAGCAAGUCACAUUUAAGAAGAUGAAGACUGAUCCUCGAGCAAAUUAUGACUUUGCGUCCAAUCGCUUCGACUUUAAAGGGAAGCUAAACUUUCUGCGUAAAGGUACAGUUGGGGACUGGAAGAACUUCCUUACUGUGGCUCAGAGUGAACGCUUCGACAGAGUCUUCCAGGAGAGAAUGAAGGACUUCCCUCUGACCUUCGUCUGGGACAUCAGUGAGCUCCAGCCAAAGCUCUAGGUUACCAAUCGGUCAGUCAGUUAAAGGAGAGAGCCUCCUUUAACACUGAUAGUUACACCUUUAAAUACCUGGGCUCCUAAAGAAACUUCCAUGUGUCUUUCUGCAUGUACAGAAUUGUGCCAACGUGAAUUACAGCAUGUAGCAUACCAUGAUAAAAAUUUUAAAAGCUAUGAUGAACUUCGGUCCGCUCUGCACUGUUUUCGUUAGUGUACAUUUUAUAUGGCUGUAAAAUUGUGCAAUAUCUGUUCGAAGUAACCUUGGCCUGUAUUUGAUGUUUGGUCUUGUUUUUUUUGGCACUGGUUUGUGUUUUGAAGAGUAAAUUACUGUUUUCUGAUGUGUAUACAGCACAAACAA